UCUCUUCUCUCUCUCUCUCCUUUAGUACUUCUUCACAACGCAAUACCGUUUGUCGGAUUUGGUUUCUUGGAUAACGCCAUCAUGAUUGCAGCGGGCACCCAAAUCGAACUGUCAAUUGGAGUCAUCUUUGGAAUUUCCACCAUGGCAGCUGCUGCUCUGGGAAACCUUGUGUCGGAUCUCGCCGGACUCGGACUUGCAGGGUAUGUUGAAGCAAUAGCCUCAAGAUUUGGCUUACAGAUCCCAGAUCUCACUCCGAAGCAAGCGGACAUGUGGCAGACUCGGUUAAGUGCCAAUAUGGGUAAAGCCAUUGGCGUGUUCAUCGGGUGCGUCUUAGGGAUGUUCCCGCUAUUGUUUUAUUCUGGAGAUGAAGAUGAAAAACUGGAAAACAAGAAGUAACGCCGGGAUUGUUGGAACUGAAAGGCAAUAAACUGAUUACCUCAAGUAUUGGAAGGACUGGCGACCUCCGUCGGUGGAGAGGCGCAUUACAGUAGCACACUCGAGGACUUGUUACUCUCGUCGUUUGGUUUCUCGUAGAGCUCUAGAUGGACACUAACGUCAAUAGCAUGAUUCUACUUUCUAGUGUGUAACGCUAUUUUUCCGAUAUUUAUUUCAAUGUUUUGGACUUACCCAGGAUAAAUCAGCAGGGCCGAUGACCCAGCACGAUUGAGGCUCGACACUCAGACGCGACUCUCCUUAAUUAUGUUUUAAAAGUUUUAACCCGACAGUUUCUCAUAAUGUUGAACUCCAUGUUUCCGUGUUAAUAAGCACAUUACAUUUUCUAUGCUGAACUCUUAACGGCGAAUGCUGAAUAAUUCCGUUUUAUUUUUUAAACAACUGAGACAAACUCUUGGAAGAAAGAAAGAAAAAGUCAAACCUGUCGUAAUCGGUGACGCUGAUAAUGAAACUCCUCGUCUCCUGUUCAGCCCUCCUCGGAUUAUCAUCGGCGAUCCUUUGGGAAUCUCGUCUUCCACCGAGGUGUUUGCUUGAGAGAUUUCUAUUCGGCUGAUUAGAGGUAAACUUAAAGAGUUUUGUCUUUGCGAGUGACAUGAUUGUAUAUUUAAUCUCGUUUUUAAUUUAGAACACUUUUAGGCUAACAAAGCUGUCCUUGACCUUGGGCAAUUUUUUAUAUUCUUUUAGAAUAAGAAACGAAUAAAAGUGCUGCUUAUGUUAAGCAAGGUAGUCUAGUAGCUUACCGUGAAGAUGAGCGCUCAGCUGUCACCAAGCAGCCUGGCAGGAUCUUCGCGAUGUUCUCCUUAUGCAAUGUUUGUUGCCUAAAACGAUUUUCAUUGACCAUGAAGUUCUUCGAGAAAAUGCAAACUGGAAGUUGAAGGAAUUUAAGUUUCAUAUCGGGGUUGGGGGAGAAAAAAAAAAAAGUGUAAUCUCUAAAUUAACAGUUCAUGUCUUAAGAUAUUAAAUAGGUGACAAUGUGUCAUUUGGGUUCCAUUUUGUUUAUUUACAGUUAUGCCAAUUAUUCGUUAAUAACUGAACAUUUUUAACUAUUAAUAUAUUUGAAUCUCCUUCAUGAAGUGUCUCUCACAAUGAGUGUAAUCUAAAUAAAUGUCAUUUUGUUGAUGCUGAUGAGUAAAAAAAAAAAAAAAUAAAAUAAAAUAAGAGCGUAACAUGACGAAAUUCAUUUAACACGGGACAGGGCCACGGGGACACCGCUGCUUAUGUCGGCCGUUUGGGCCGACCUGUUAAUACAGAAAAUACAGAAACACACACAAAAUAAAUAAAUGAAAAUACGAACAACUUCUGCAAGGGUUAUGUUCCUGAAAAAGCUGCUGCUGCAUAAAAUGAAUUGUGCGCUUGUCGUGUCUGCGUAAAUUCUAACGGAAUAUCAGAAAGUGCAAUGCGCUCCAAUGGAAUUUCACUCUCCGGUUAUACUGGAAUAGUCGAGAGUGGGCGAGUCUGCCAUUUGAGUCCUUCAUUUUCUCAGUCGCCCCCCAAGAGCCCACCGAGUGCAAUCGUCUCAGACAGCUCGGCUCAAACAGAUGACAAAAGUAGUUCUUUUUUUUUUCCCCGAUGGCUUUAAAUGAAUACAUGGAAACGUAUUCCUGCCACUCAACCAAAAAAAAAAAAAAGUUCUGCUAUUUCACAAAAGUAUUUUUGUUAUUUCGUAAUAAUUACUGCGCUACUUUGCAAAGGAGUUGCAUUAUUUUUGCAAAAAAUAGAUUUUAGUUCGCAAAAGAAUCGCAUUGUUUCACAAACAUCUUUGUGCUAUUUUACAAAAGAAUUGUGUUACUUUGCAAAAUAAUCGCAUUUCUUUUUCAAUAAUUGGUACAUAAUUUUCCAAUUCAAAAUAUUGCAUUAUUUCCUACCGACUUUGCCUGCUAUUGCCGAUAUCAUUGUGAACAGAUGUGCUUCAGUCGCCGCCACCCGCAGUGUGUGUUCAUUAGGUUAUGGUUAUGAUUUUUGUAUUUCUUUGUGGAGGUAUACUUUUGAAUGAUUAUUUAUGUAUUAUGAU